CCGGUACCAAGUGGACCUGAGCGCCGGGGGGAGCGGGCCUGUAUGCGAGGACCGCGAGGUCCUUUGGGCGCGAGGACCAGAAUUCCGGCUGUGGCUACAGGGAGCAGCCCGGCCCAGCGGGACGGCGGGGACUGACCUGUCCCUAGAGGGCAUCUCAGCACGCGGAGCCUGCCGCGAGUUCCCGGCGUCCCCUCCGGCGCGCUCCCGGAGCCACUUUUCUGAGCGGAAGUCCGCUAGCGGUGCGGACCCUUCUUGGACCUGCUCGGAGGAAUGGCGCCGCCGGGUUCAAGCACUGUCUUCCUGUUGGCCCUGACAAUCAUAGCCAAUGCCCAGGCUCUGACGCCCACUCACUACCUCACCAAGCAUGAUGUGGAGAGACUGAAAGCUUCGCUGGACCACCCUUUCACAAGUUUAGAAUCUGCUUUCUACUCCAUCGUGGGACUCAGCAGCCUUGGUGCCCAGGUGCCAGAUGUAAAGAAAGCAUGCGCCUUCAUUAAAUCAAACCUUGAUCCCAGCAAUGUGGAUUCCCUGUUCUACGCUGCCCAGGCCAGCCAGGUCCUCUCAGGUUGUGAGAUCUCUAUUUCAAAUGAGACCAAAGAUCUGCUUCUGGCAGCUGUGAGUGAAGACUCGUCUGUUACCCAGAUCUACCAUGCAGUUGCAGCCCUAAGCGGCUUUGGCCUUCCCUUGGCUUCCCAAGAAGCCCUCAGUGCCCUUACCACUCGCCUCAGCAAGGAAGAGACCGUGCUAGCAACAGUCCAGGCUCUCCAGACAGCAUCUCACCUGUCCCAGCAGGCUGACCUGAGGAGCAUCGUGGAGGAGAUUGAGGACCUUGUUGCUCGCCUGGAUGAACUGGGAGGUGUAUAUCUUCAGUUUGAAGAAGGACUGGAAACAACAGCAUUAUUUGUGGCUGCCACCUACAAGCUCAUGGACCAUGUGGGAACCGAGCCAUCCAUUAAGGAGGAUCAGGUCAUCCAGCUAAUGAAUACGAUCUUUAGCAAGAAGAACUUUGACUCACUCUCAGAAGCCUUCAGUGUGGCCUCUGCUGCCGCUGCACUCUCCCAGAAUCGCUACCACGUGCCAGUUGUCGUUGUAUCCGAGGGCUCUCCUUCUGACACUCAUGAACAGGCGAUCCUGCGGUUGCAGGUUACCAAUGUUCUGUCCCAGCCUCUGACUCAGGCCACUGUUAAACUAGAACAUGCUAAAUCUGUUGCUUCCAGAGCCACUGUCCUCCAGAAGACCUCUUUCACCCCUGUAGGGAAUGUUUUUGAACUAAACUUUGUGAAUGUCAAGUUGUCCAGUGGUUAUUACGACUUCUCUAUCAAAGUUGAAGGCGACAAUCGUUAUAUUGCAAAUAGUUUAGAGCUCAGGGUCAAGAUUUCCACUGAAGUUGGCAUCACAAAUGUUGAUCUCUCCACUGUGGAUAAGGAUCAGAGCAUUGCACCCAAAACCACACGGGUGACCUAUCCAGCCAAGGCCAAGGGCACGUUCAUCGCAGACAGCCACCAGAACUUUGCUCUCUUCUUCCAGCUGGUAGAUGUGAAUACUGGUGCUGAGCUCACCCCUCACCAGACAUUUGUCCGACUCCAUAACCAGAAGACUGGCCAGGAAGUAGUGUUUGUAGCUGAGCCGGACAGCAAGAAUGUGUACAAGUUUGAACUGGAUACUUCGGAGAGAAAGAUCGAAUUUGACUCUGCCUCUGGCAUCUACACUCUCUACUUGAUCAUCGGAGAUGCCACUUUGAAGAACCCAAUCCUUUGGAAUGUGGCUGAUGUGGUCAUCAAGUUCCCUGAGGAAGAUGCUCCAUCAACUGUCCUGUCCAAGAACCUUUUCACCCCCAAACAGGAAAUUCAGCACCUGUUCCGUGAGCCUGAGAAGAGGCCCCCUACAGUGGUGUCUAAUACGUUCACUGCCCUGAUCCUCUCGCCCUUGCUCCUGCUCUUUGCUCUGUGGAUCCGGAUUGGUGCCAAUAUCUCCAACUUUACUUUUGCUCCUAGCACGAUUAUCUUUCACCUGGGACAUGCUGCUAUGCUGGGGCUCAUGUAUGUCUACUGGACUCAGCUCAACAUGUUCCAGACUCUGAAGUACCUGGCCAUCUUGGGUAGUGUGACAUUUCUGGCUGGCAAUCGGAUGCUGGCCCAGCAGGCAAUCAAAAGGACUUUUGCUGGAAGAAUGUAAUUCAGUAGUGUGCCCUUCAACACGGCUGCUGAUUAAGUUGGUCAGAUCAGAGAGAAGCCUUCUCAGAGAUCAUUAGUGGGCAGGAGAGCCACACAUCUCAUCCCUGCCUGAAUCUCCAUUGUGAGCUUUCUAGGGCCUCACCAUCGAGACCCAGCCCCGACGUGCACCUGGACUGCCCUCAAUAAUCCAGAUUCCACCAGAGCUUCCCUUAGCACCAACAAUGGCAGCUGUUCAUUUUGCUGCCCCUCCAGCAGCCUUCACUUGGCAGCUAUGCAUUGCAUCUGAGAAAGGGCCAGGUGUUCUGAGUCCUUUUACUGUGCAGCAACAAGUCUAGGCUCCAGGGAACUCAAGGCCAUACUCUGCUGAGUUCUCUUAUUUCUGGAAGUUGCCCCACAAGACAAACAAAAUCAAGGGGAGAUAAGGGUGGACACCAUUUGAU